UGGUUGUGUAGUUGUUGGUAGUUUUAAGAGUAAUACAGACAGCAGAACUGCAUGCUACUGAGACGUUUUACAAGACAAUGCUGAAACUUCUAGGCUAGCCUACUUCCUUAACUGUGUGUAUGGGGCGGGUACCUGUCCUGAGCGAACGGGACAGCAGACCGCAUGAGACCGCACCACACACCACAGAAAAAAAGAGAGAAGAGGUUUCAAACUUAUCAAGUCAGGGUCAUGAUAAACACGGCAGAGUAUGGCAACACGUCGUGGGAGCUGUCAGUCCAGGUAGACCAGAGAGAUGGAGACGAGGGCAUGAGGUUUAAACUCCGAGUCAAGGGAGACCUGCACAUUGGAGGACUCAUGCUCAAACUGGUGGAGAAGAUCAAGGCCCCUCAGGACUGGUCAGACCAUGCUCUGUGGUGGGAGCAGAGGAGCUGUUGGCUGCUGAAGACCCACUGGACCCUGGACAAGUACGGUGUCCAGGCAGACGCUGACCUGCGAUACACUCCUCAGCACAAACCCCUGUGCCUGCGGCUGCCCAACAUGAAGACGGUCAAACUCACCGUCAGCUACUCUGCCGUCGUCUUCAAGACCGUCGUAAAGAUCUGCAGAGCACUCAACAUCAGGAGGCCAGAGGAGCUGUCCCUGCUGAAGCCUCCAGAUAACCUGCCCAAGAAGAAGAAGAUGAAGAAAGACAAGAACCCAGCGCUGGAAGACAUCUUAGAUAUGGACAUCUUCAAUGGAGGCUCUGGGAGAACGGGCAGUCCCUUGUACAGUAAGACCAUGGUGCCCACCUAUGACCCAGAGAAUGGGACUCCAGCCUCGGCCACCAGCUUAUGGUUUGGGGAAAACCCCCUGACCUCCAGCCAGCCCAACCUGCCCCCUGUAGAGCUGGCCAAGAUGUACCAGCAGUUGUCCAUGGUGGACAAAGCCAUCAUCAACGCAGGGUGGCUGGACUCCUCCCGCUCCUUGAUGGAACAGGGCAUCGGAGAACAUGACAGACUGCAGCUACGCUUCAAAUACCACUGCUUCUUCGACCUCAACCCAAAGUAUGAUGCUGUGAGGAUAACCCAGCUGUAUGAGCAGGCUCGCUGGUCCAUCCUACUGGAGGAGAUCAACUGCACUGAGGAGGAGAUGCUCAUGUUCGCCUCCUUACAGUAUCACAUAUGUAAGAUGACCAUUUCCACGGAACCUCUGGACUUCUCCAAUGAACCGGAGAUAGAUGAAGUAGAGGCUGCCUUAUCCAAUCUAGAGGUCACACUUGGAGGAAAAACAGACAGAAUAUUGGAAGACAUCACAGACGUUCCAAAGCUGGCAGACUCCCUUAAGCUGUUCAGGCCUAAAAGGCUGGCAUUGCGUUCAUAUAAGGAGUACUGGUUCGUGUUUAAAGACACCACCAUCUCCUACUACAAGAACAAAGAGACAGCCAGCGGAGAGCCGAUAGAACAGCUGCAUCUCCGAGGAUGUGAGGUGGUCCCUGACGUCAAUGUGACGGACAAGAAGUUUGGCAUCAAGCUGCUUCUCCCAGUGGCUGAUGGGAUGAACGAGGUCUACAUCCGCUGUGACAACGAGACGCAGUAUGCCAAGUGGAAGGCAGCGUGUACUCUGGCCUCCAAGGGCAAGACCAUGGCUUACAGCUCCUACAGGUCGGAGGUGAAGAACAUCCAGUCGUUCCUGCAGAUGAAGAGUCUGGCGCCCCCCCCUGGUCAGUCUGCUCCAGACCUGGAUGCCAUGGAGAUGAACGCUGAGUGCUUUGUCUCUCCUAGAUACACCAAGAGGUACAAGACCAAACAGUUGGGGCUGACAGCGAGGAUCCUUGAGGCCCAUCAGAACAUUGCCAGUCUCUCUUUCAAUGAAGCUAAAAUGCGCUUCAUCCAUGCCUGGCAGUCCCUGGCUGAGUUUGGUAUCAAAUACUACAUUGUCAGGUUCAGAGGCAGUAAGAAGGAUGAGCUGAUGGGUAUCUCCUAUAACCGUCUGAUCCGUAUUGACAUGUCCACUGGCCUGCCUGUCACCACCUGGAGAUUCGUCAACAUGAAACAGUGGAAUGUCAACUGGGAGAUCAGACAGGUGACCAUAGAGUUUGACCAGAAUGUGUCGAUAGCCUUCUCCUGUGUGAGCUGUGACUGUAAGGUGGUCCAUGAGUACAUAAGAGGAUACAUCUUCCUCUCAACACGCUCCAAAGACCAGAACGAGACACUGGAUGAGGAACUCUUCCACAAACUCACCGGAGGGCAGGAAUGAACCCUGGACAUCAGCUUUCACUUAGUGCUGCUGGCAAGAAAUCAUUUGAAGGCAUUGUUGAUAUGGUUUUGCAGACUACAUCAAUUAUUUGUUCAUAUUGUAAAUUGCAGAGAAAAGUAGAAUGUCGUUGUCACUAUAUUUCGUCCCGAGACCAUCUCUACAGGAUGGGUAGACCAUCUCUACAGGAUGGGUAGACCAUCUCUACAGGAUGGGUAGACCAUCUCUACAAGGCCACUUUGUCUGACGGCCUGGCCUACUGCUUUGAUUGCAUGGUCCAUCUGCAGAGACAGCAAUUAAUUCAGCACAUGAGCUAUACAUCUUGUCACUUGUUUGAUUUGGUGUAGCCCAGUCUUUGAAUUUAAUGUUGUCAGCUACUUUCACAAUCAAUAUACGUUCAUUGCCUUGUUUUAUACAUAUUACUUGUUUGAUGUUUUAGAAUGUAACUUUUUUGCAAUUUUAUUACAAGUCCAAAAUACACUGCUCAAAAAAUAAAGGGAACACUAAAAUAACACAUCCUAGAUCUGAAUGAAUGAAAUAUUCUUAUUAAAUACUUUUUUCUUUACAUAGUUGAAUGUGCUGACAACAAAGUCACACAAAUUAUCAAUGGAAAUCAAAUUUAUCAACCCAUGGAGGUCUGGAUUUGGAGUCACACUCAAAAUUAAAGUGGAAAACCACACUACAGGCUGAUCCAACUUUGAUGUAAUGUCCUUAAAACAAGUCAAAAUGAGGCUCAGUAGUGUGUGUGGCCUCCACGUGCCUUUAUGACCUCCCUACAACGCCUGGGCAUGCUCCUGAUGAGGUGGCGGAUGGUCUCCUGAGGGAUCUCCUCCCAGACCUGGACUAAAGCAUCCGCCAACUCCUGGACAGUCUGCGGUGCAACGUGGCUUUGGUGGAUGGAGCGAGACAUGAUGUCCCAGAUGUGCUCAAUUGGAUUCAGGUCUGGAGAACGGGCGGGCCAGUCCAUAGCAUCAAUGCCUUCCUCUUGCAGGAACUGCUGACACACUCCAGCCACAUGAGGUCUAGCAUUGUCUUGCAGUAGGAGGAACCCAGGGCCAACCACACCAGCAUAUGGUCUCACAAGGGGUCUGAGGAUCUCAUCUCGGUACCUAAUGGCAGUCAGGCUACCUCUGGCGAGCACAUGGAGGGCUGUGCGGCCCCCCAAAGAAAUGCCACCCCACACCAUGACUGACCCACCGCCAAACCGGUCAUGCUGGAGGAUGUUGCAGGCAGCAGAACGUUCUCCACGGCGUCUCCAGACCGUCACGUCUGUCACAUGUGCUCAGUGUGAACCUGCUUUCAUCUGUGAAGAGCACAGGGCGCCAGUGGAGAAUUUGCCAAUCUUGAUGUUCUCUGGCAAAUGCCAAACGUCCUGCACAGUGUUGGGCUGUAAGCACAACCCCCACCUGUGGACGUCGGACCCUCAUACCACCCUCAUGGAGUCUGUUUCUGACCGUUUGAGCAGACACAUGCACAUUUGUGGCCUGCUGGAGGUCAUUUUUCAGGGCUCUGGCAGUGCUCCUCCUUGCACAAAGGCGGAGGUAGCGGUCCUGCUGCUGGGUUGUUGCCCUCCUACGGUCUCCUCCACGUCUCCUGAUGUACUGGCCUGUCUCCUGGUAGCGCCUCCAUGCUCUGGACACUACGCUGACAGACACAGCAAACCUUCUUGCCACAUCUCGCAUUGAUGUGCCAUCCUGGAUGAGCUGCACUACCUGAGCCACUUGUGCGGGUUGUAGACUCCGUCUCAUGCUACAACUAGAGUGAAAGCACCGCCAGCAUUCAAAAGUGACCAAAACAUCAGCCAGGAAGCAUAGGAACUGAGAAGUGGUCUGUGGUCACCACCUGCAGAACCACUCCUAUAUUGGGGGUGUCUUGCUAAAUGCCUAUAAUUUCCACCUGUUGUCUAUUCCAUUUGCACAACAGCAUGUGAAAUGUAUUGUCAAUCAGUGUUGCUUCCUAAGUGGACAGUUUGAUUUCACAGAAGUGUGAUUGACUUGGAGUUACAUUGUGUUGUUUAAGUGUUCCCUUUAUUUUUUUGAGCAGUGUAUAUUUCAGAGAGAGUUCUGGUGGUGGGUUAUCGUGUUGAAGGAGACAUCUGUUUUCAGAGAAAACACUGGAAUUUCUGCUGACUGAGAUGCACUGAAAUAAACUUGAGAAACAUG